GCGCGUUGCUGACUGGAAACGGCAAUUCACAUAACUAGCCACGUCGACGCAAGAUGAUGGGACUCACGUUGUACGUGCACGUCGGGUCCAGACCUCUCCCCGGCCCCAGUGUCCCGCAGUGCCAAGCAUGCCACGCCGCUUUAGCCCUCAGCUUUCUGUCAGCAGGUCCCUGGACAAACAGAGUGUAUGAGAUGGGACGGACAUCGAACGACAAACGGGAUGUGUACUACCGCUUGGCCAAGGAGAGCGGCUGGCGUGCCCGCAGUGCCUUCAAACUGCUCCAGCUCGAUGAGGAAUUCAGACUCUUCCAAGGUGUGACCCGGGCAGUCGACCUGUGUGCAGCCCCAGGUAGCUGGAGUCAGGUACUGAGCCAGAAGAUUGAGAGCUUGGGUUCCAGCCACGUGGUGGCUGUAGACCUGCAAGCUAUGGCUCCACUGCCAGGUGUGUUACAGAUACAGGGGGACAUCACUCAGCUGUCCACUGCCCAGGAGAUCAUCCAGCACUUUGAGGGCCACCCCGCAGACCUAGUGGUGUGCGAUGGGGCUCCUGAUGUAACUGGCCUCCAUGAUGUUGAUGAGUACAUGCAGGCCCAGCUCCUCCUAGCUGCUCUGAACUUCGGAACACAUGUUUUGAAGCCUGGGGGCUGCUUUGUGGCCAAGAUAUUCUGAGGCCGCGACGUGACACUGAUCUACAGCCAGCUGCAUGUCUGCUUCUCCAGCGUGGUCUGUGCCAAGCCCAGAAGCAGCCAGAACUCCAGCAUUGAGGCCUUCGCUGUCUGUCAGGGUUAUGACCCCCCUGAGGGCUUCGUGCCAGACCUGACCAAACCCCUGCUGGACCACUCUUAUGACCCAGAUUUCAACCAGCUGGAUGGCCCUACCCGCAUCAUUGUGCCAUCUGUGACCUGUGGGGACCUGAGCUCCUAUAAUUCAGACUGCAGCUACCCACUAGACCUAGAAGAUGGCUCAGAGUACAAGUACACCCCGCCCACGCAGCCCCCCAUCUCUCCGCCAUACCAGGAGGCCUGCAGGCUAAAGAAGAAAGGGCGGCUGGCCAAGGAGAUCCGCCCCCAGGACUGCCCCAUCACCAUAGUGGACAUGUUGCCCCCGCCCAUGGACAUCCCACAGUGCCACACUCUGCUGACCUCUGAGGUGGAAGACAGUGAUAUGAAUUGUUCACCUUAACACAUGAAACACAUGAAGUUUGCUAGCAAACUGGCACAACUCUGAAGCCAUCAGGAAAGCUGAAACUUGCAUUGAUUAACUUGUUUUCAGGUAUCAUUAUUUCAUCAACAUGGCCUGAACCUACAAGCCCCACAUGGGAAUCUGCUACAACCACCCACAAAAACAGCUAGGAAAGAAAUACUGCAGAAUGUCCAUCUGCACUGCAGUGGAAAUUCAAGUAUGAGGUCUGGCCUCUUCUCUACAUAAACCUUUCCAGGAGUGUCCUGAAUUUAUCCCUCAAGUAGGGGUUUGUAACCAGAAUAGAAGGCAGGGGUAUCUGUGAACUUAAUGGAGGAAAAUAUUGCAUCUUUAUUUUCACAGAUACAACUGAAAUUUAGCUUUACUCCCUAUUACGAAUGCUGGCAACAAAUCAUGACAGUAAAAGGGUAAUACCUGUGACUUUCUCGUCAAUGCAAAUUACGGUUACUUUUUAUGUUACAUUGCAGUUGUUACAGGUUUCUUGAAAUAUUGCUCACAGUAUUACUUUGAAUCAUGGAUCUUGUGAUUUGGUGUACUAACAAAGAAAUACAUGUAA